AUGAACAGCGCUGCCCGUAGAAUUGUGGAACAAGAGUGGGCUCGAAGUGGUAUUAAAGGGCAAAAGUGUGACACCGCGCUGGUGUGGUGGUGGUGGCGGCGGUGGCGGCCCGUAGACGGCGCCGCGGAGGCCGCUGCGUGGCUCUACCACAGUAAGCGUCCCCGCGGUCCGUGUGCAGCGAAGAUGAUCGGCGCGAUGCCAGCGGUGGCGGUGCGCCAUGAGCGGCGGCGCGCCGAGAAGCGCGGCGCGGCGGGCAGGCGCGCCUCCGCCCUGCCCGCCAGGGACGACGACCCCGAGCCCGCGCACCGGCUGCGCAGCGAGCUCUACGUCUGCGGCAAGCUGGCGGCUCUGCAUGCCGUAGUGGGCUCCCUGCUGCUGGGCAUCGUGGUGCUGGUGGUGGGGCUGGUGCAGCUGUCGCCUGGCGCCGAGGCGGCCCAGCACCGCUACUACCUGAUGGGCGCAGGCGCCUCGCUCGUCGGCGCCGGCCUGCUCGGGGCUGGGCUCCGUUGCAUCUGCCUGCACUGGUACAAACUGAAGUUCCGCGAAGACGACACCGAUUCGGAGCAGGGCACGCACAAGAACGGAGUUAGCGUGGUCGAGAGCGGCCACGGGCACGGCCACGACGGCCACAAGGCCGGCCACGACGGCCACAAGGCCGCCCACGAGCGGCCCAAGCUGAAGAGCCAGGCCAGCGUGGGGCGCGACCACGACCUCAUCAAGCAGCCGUCGGCCGCCAGCGACGCC